AUGCCGUCGAAAGCAGCAGUCACUUCAAGACUAUCAUUCUUCAAUUUGCUUCCAUGUGUAAUCGUGAUCACUCUAUUCUGUUUGGCAAUUCCAUUGAUCUUGCUCACUAUUGGAAUCACUAAGCGCGAUGACUGCCAAGCUGAUCCAAGAAUCCCAAAAUGGAUGAUUGUUGUGGCUGUUUUGAUGUUAAUUGAAAGAUUCAUUGGAUCUGUUAAUACAAUUAAAGAUAGAAGAUUCAUCCGGGAGAAUCCAAAACCAGUGUUCGAAGAAGAUGGUGAUAACCAUGCUCUGAUUGAUUGGACACAAAGAAGAAAACAUAAUAAAUCAUCAGUAUUUGCCGUUCUCGGAGCAUUCAUUCGACUGGUUCAAUUCAUUACAUUCAUUCUCGGAUGUGUCUACGUCUUUGGAAUCUAUUCCAUCAGCGAUCAAUGCAAUCCUCUCGUCUUCUGGACUUCCUUUAUCUAUUGCCUACUCUCUAUUAUUUUCUAUAUAAUUGGAGCAUGUGUACUAGGAUGUGUCUGUUGUUGUGUUGCUCUCAUGAAUGACAGUUUUGCUCAAUAA